UAAACAUGAACACAAGACUGAGAAUAUGAGGGUGCUCUGAGUGACUAGCGUGUGUAUUUGACUCAUUAUAGGGUCUUGUGUCCCUUGCAGACGUGGACUUGUCCUCAUUUCUGCUGACCAUUGAUCUCUGAUAGUCUUAUCAGCUUCAUAUAAAGUGCAUCCGGCUGAGUCUCUGUCGCACUGAUAGACGUUCAGAAAAAGGCUGAAGAUGAAGAUGAUCGUCCUGACCGCUCUGCUGUCUCUGCUCCUGACCUCACAGGUCCAGCCGGCACCCAUAGACACUGACUGGGCGACCGGACUGAUCCAUCGGGCCAAGCGCUCGUUACUCUGGCGGUGGAACACUCUGAAACCCGUGGGUUCUGGAUGCAGAGAUCAUUAUGAGUGUGGAACCAACUACUGCAGGAAACACACUUGCUCCUUCAAUAAAGCUCAACAGGCGUGUGACUGAGGCCAAAUGAUUUUGGCACCAAUUCCAAUAAUGGAAACCAAAAUGACUAAAAUUGUGCAUCUCUCGAUUUCUCAAACAUCAUGACUUACAUAAAUCAGACAGAACAUUCAAAGACAUCUAAAGACUUUAAGAUCUACACCAACCUCAAGAUUGUAUUCAGGUGAAUCUCACCAAGAAAUGACCAGGUCAUAUUAAACUCCAAAAUCUGAAGCAUUCUAAUUUAUUUGUUUUUGGCCUGAAAUAUGACCUGGUGUGUUUUUGACAUAUUCCCCCAUUCAGUAACCUGUCUACAAGAACUCCAGUUUCAUCAUCGAUGUUUUAUAGUUGUACAGAUCUUGAUAAAGUGUAAAAUAUUAACCCUGCAUCUAUAGUUUCUGAUUCAGAUUCAUAUGUUUGAUCUGAUAAAAUACAAACACAAAUGGCAAAAGAAUCUGAAGCAAAUCUAUUUCAUUAUCAGCUGCAGCUUCCAGAAGAAUCAGGACUUUUAUUUAUUUUGAAAAUAUCAGACGCAUAAAGUGAGAUGGUGUAACGUGUGCUUUUUUGUUAAAAUGUUUUAUUGUUUGUCUCAUUUUUAUUUUGUUACAUUAAUAGUGCAAUAUCUUUUUAAGCAAAACAGAGACAAAAAUACUCGCAUGAUGAAAUAAAUGCACAAAAAAUGGAAUUUAAACAAAUGAAUCAUUCAUGAACAUCCUUUUUUAAACCUAAAACACUUCAGCAGACAUCUUCGCUGAGUCUUAAUUCAACACACUUCUGACGUUAUCAUUUAACAAUCAUCAUAAUUAUGAGAUUUAAACAACAUUUCCACCCUGG